GAUAAACUGCUGGAAAGAUUACAGGGGUGGAAACAAUGAACUUUAUCGUGGGCGGCUAAAGAGACCAUGAUUAAAUCAGUUGUGCUAGCUCUGCCUUUGCAUAUAAUGUCAUGUUUUAAGCCGCCUCUUUCUCUUUGCCUUCUUUUGGAAUUUGGAUAAACAUGUUGCCAGAUUCUGGUGGGGUGUUGAGGAGGGCCAGUCUAGGAUCCGGUGGAUGUCCUGGCCUAAUAUGUGUCGGAGCAAGCAUGACGGGGGUAUGAGCUUUCGUCGGUUUGAGCAUUUUAAUCGGACUCUCUUGGCCAAAAUUAGAUGGUGAAUUCUGGAUGAACCCUGGUCCCUCCUGCCCCAGGUUUAUAAGGGUAAGUAUUUUCCUAGUGGGAACUUCCUUACUGCUCAGGCUCGCUCUCGCCCAUCUUGGGGAUGAUAGAGUAUUCUCUAUGGUCGUCGGCUAAUAGAUAUGGGCUUAAAGUGACAAAUUGGGGAUGACUAGACUGCUUCUCUACUUCAUUUUAACUGGGUUUCUCAAUUACAUCCCGACCCCCCCCCCAUUGUAUAAUCCUCGGGUGCUGCCUCUUGGGGGGACCCACCUGUCGUUGUGGUUAUAUGUUAGAGAGAAGGUCGGUGUUGUGACAUUAAACUUAGCCAGUGAUUUGAUCCAGCUACCUGUUGGGCCACCAAAGAUAUCCCUCUUCCUCGGCAGACUGUUCCAGAUAAAUUAAUUUGGCAUGCCACGCUUGACGAGGUUUAUUCUGUUAAAUCGGCUUACCAUUUUUUAGGGUAAACAGUUCGGGAUCCCAGCUUUAUUGAGGCAAUUUCACCAACAAUAUGAGGAAUGGAAAAGUUUGUCGGUGGACCGAGUUCUCCAUUCUUCCACCCCCCGGUACAACAUGUGAGUCUUGUGGGCCUCACUUUGCUGUCUGUAUGUGGGAUGAGGCAGUAAGGAGUGGGUCUCAUUCGGCAACUGGGAUGGUGAUUAUGAACCAAGCUCGAGAGAUCUUUUUGGUUACUGGGGUGUAGUUCCCUUUCAUUGAUGAUCCUAUGGUGGUUGAAUUAAUUGUGCUUCGUGAGGCUAUCUUAUGGUGUCUGGCUCAUGGUUUCACGGAGAUAAGGUUUGAAGGUGAUGCCAAAGGGGUAAUCGUUAAGAUCAAUCGGGCAGAUACCAGAGACAAACGGAUGAGAGCGGUUAUUGAAGAAAUUCUGCAGUACUUUGUUGUCCAUAAUGGGUUUAGUGUGCGAUUUGUAGGUCGACGUACCAAUAGGGUAGCCUAUUUGGUGGCUCGACAGAUCAUUUCUUUGUACUCGACUAUGGGUCGUUUCUUUGAUUUUCAGGUUUAGUUGAACUCCAGGAUAUAAUUACCUAUUUUUUGAAUCAAUAUAUGAUUAUCUUUUGAUGAAAAAAAUCUAUGAUAAUUUAGCUCAAUUCCCAUACUUUUUUUUCAUAGCCAAAUAUGAAAAUUUGACAAUUUCCCCACCAAUUUUUUUUUUUUUUACAAUUACUACAGCCAAACGAGAAACGACGCGUUAGUGUUUCUAGUUUUUGUGCUGGCCUGUUGGGCUUGCCUUAUUUGAAGCCCGUAAGGCUAAAGGAAUUCGUAAGACGAAAAGCAAACCAUUUGCUUGCUCGUCUUCCUCUUCCUGCCUCCAUCGCUCUCCGCUUUCUUCCCUCUUUUCCCUUUUUCUGUUAAAUCCCUAAUUUUCCAUAUCGAUCCCCUUUACAGGUUUAUCUCCUCUCUUCUACACAUUCUCCUUGACAUUCUGUGCCACAAUUAGCCCUUUUGUUUCCUGCAACUUGGAGCUCCAAGACUAGCCGGGGUAUUCUUUUUGGCUGCCGGCCACCUGAUUUCUUUUGCGGGGCUGUUUUUGGCCUCUGGGUUUUACUUUUCUCCGGCAGCCUUCAUUUCCUGCCUGUUUGUAUUGGAAUCUGCUACAUGGGUUCGGGUCAAAUAUUGUGUUUUUGGUCCAAUUAUUAUCUGGGUGUUUCUUAAACCCUUCUUCCUUUCAGCUGGAUGUGCUUAUCAAUAGCCAUUUGAUCUUUUCUCCAGAUCAUGCCCUAUGAGUCCUCACUUGAUUCUGGGAUUCAUCAGUCCUUCCAGUUGGUCCUGAUCCGCCGAGAAAAAAAGAUCCAACUUUUCGAUAAACCCCUCAGCUGGUUUUGAUUACGAUGGAUUCGCCUUCCCCGAUCACGUUCGACAGCUCCCUGAACAAUGAAAUCACUCUGAGUUCCAACUCGAGGAGAAACGCUUCUUCCCAACAUUCCCGGGCUUCUCGAGCGGGUACCACUAGGGAAGUUGCUUUCAGUGAUUUAGGGGCUAAGCCUGUGUUGUAUGGAUCCAGGAGGGCGGAUCCAGAGGUGUAUAGUAUGUCUCAGAAAGAGAUUAAUGAAGAAGAUGCUAGGUUUGUCUAUAUUAACGAUUCUGUAAGCACGAAUGAUAAAUUCGAGUUUGCUAGGAACUCCAUUAGGACUGCAAAGUACUCUGUUAUUUCUUUCUUGCCUAGAAAUUUGUUUGAACAGUUCCAUAGAGUUGCAUACAUUUAUUUCCUCAUUAUAGCUAUCCUGAAUCAGUUUCCCCAGCUCGCCGUUUUUGGGCGGGGAGCUUCCAUUUUGCCACUUGCUUUUGUGCUAGUAGUUACAGCAGUUAAGGAUGCUUAUGAGGAUUGGAGAAGGCAUAGGGCAGAUAAGAUUGAGAACAAUAGAUUGGCGUGGGUUUUGGUGGAUGGUCAUUUCCAACAAAAGAGAUGGAAGGAUAUUCAGGUUGGUGAAAUAAUCAAGGUGGAAGCUAAUGAUACUCUUCCUUGUGAUAUGGUCUUGCUCUCCACCAGUGACCCUACUGGGGUUGCUUAUGUGCAGACCAUCAACUUGGAUGGAGAGUCAAAUUUGAAGACACGAUAUGCAAAGCAAGAGACCCUCUCAAAGAAUCCCGAGAAUGGAACGUUUACUGGGUUGAUCAAGUGUGAAAAGCCUAAUAGGAAUAUCUAUGGAUUCCAUGGAAACAUGGAGAUUGAUGGGAAGCGCCUGUCACUUGGACCUUCCAAUAUUAUCCUUCGGGGCUGUGACCUGAAGAAUACAGCUUCAAUUCUUGGGGUUGCUGUGUAUUGUGGAGCUGAGACCAAAGCUAUGCUGAAUAGCUCAGGAGCCCCUUCGAAGAGAAGCAGGCUUGAGACUCGCAUGAACUCAGAAAUCAUCAUACUCUCUCUUUUUCUUGUUGCCUUGUGUACAAUUGUAUCUGCAUGUGCUGCUGUAUGGUUGAGGCGGCACAGAGAUGAGUUAGACACCAUGCCCUUUUAUAGGAGAAAGGAUUACAAUGAAGAUGAGCCAGAGAACUAUAAUUAUUAUGGAUGGGGAAUGGAGAUAUUCUUCACAUUCUUGAUGGCAGUAAUUGUGUUCCAGAUCAUGAUUCCUAUUUCUUUGUACAUCUCUAUGGAGCUUGUUCGGGUUGGUCAGGCUUAUUUCAUGAUCCGAGAUGCCCAGAUGUAUGAUGAGGCAUCAAAUUCAAGAUUUCAGUGCCGGGCUUUGAAUAUAAAUGAGGAUUUAGGGCAGAUAAAGUAUGUGUUCUCAGACAAAACUGGGACACUCACAGAGAACAAGAUGGAGUUCCAGUGUGCAAGCAUAUGGGGAGUGGAUUACAGUGGUAGGAACGCUACCUCAGGCGAUGAACAAGAAGGACACUCUGUUCAAGUUGGUGGGGCAACUGUGAGUCCAAAGAUGAGGGUGAAAGUUGAUCCUAAGCUUCUACAAGUGUUAAGAGGUGGAAAGACGUCAGAGGAUUUUAAACAUAUCCGUGACUUUUUCCUUGCAUUAGCAGCUUGUAAUACAAUUGUGCCUCUCAUUCUUGACACAUCUGAUCCCAAUGUUAAGUUGAUGGAUUACCAAGGUGAAUCUCCUGAUGAACAAGCUCUGGCUUAUGCUGCUGCUGCAUAUGGUUUUAUGCUUAUAGAACGUACUUCCGGCCAUAUAGUUAUUGAUGUUCUGGGUGAAAGGCAAAGGUUCAUUGUUUUGGGUUUGCAUGAGUUUGACAGUGAUAGGAAGAGGAUGUCUGUCAUAUUAGGCUUCCCUGACAAGUCUGUCAAAAUCUUUGUAAAGGGUGCUGAUACAUCCAUGUUUACUGUUAUUGACAAAGCUUCAAGCAUGGGCAUAAUCCGUGCUACUGAAGGCCAUCUUCACUCUUACUCCUCCCUUGGCCUGAGAACACUUGUCGUUGGGAUGCGUGAAUUGAGUGAUUCAGAAUUUGAGCUGUGGCAUUCUUCUUUUGAGGCUGCUAGUACUGCUUUGACUGGCCGCACUGCUUUGCUUCGGAAGGUUGCCACAAAUGUUGAAAACCAUCUAAGUUUGCUGGGUGCUUCUUCUAUUGAAGACAAACUUCAAGAAGGUGUUCCGGAAGCUAUUGAAGCACUGAGGACUGCAGCAAUUAAAGUCUGGGUUUUGACGGGGGAUAAACAAGAAACUGCCAUAUCGAUUGGCUAUUCUUCAAAGCUCUUGACGAACAAAAUGACGCAGUUUGUUGUCAACAGCAACUCCAAGGAGUCAUGUAGAAAGAGUUUAUCAGAUGCCUUGCUUGUAUGUAAGAAGCUCAGCAAUGUGUCCGGGACACCUGAUAAUGAAGAGAUUUCUGCAUCUUCUGGAAGUUUGGUUGCUUUGAUUAUUGAUGGAACCAGCCUUGUUUAUAUCCUUGAUAGUGAACUCGAAGAACAGCUCUUUGAACUCUCCAUCAAAUGUUCUGUGGUGCUUUGUUGUCGGGUGGCUCCAUUGCAAAAAGCUGGAAUUGUUGCCCUAGUGAAGAAUAGGACAGCUGACAUGACCCUUUCCAUUGGGGAUGGUGCAAAUGAUGUUUCAAUGAUCCAAAUGGCUGAUGUAGGAGUUGGAAUCAGUGGGCAGGAGGGUCGGCAAGCAGUAAUGGCAUCUGAUUUUGCCAUGGGGCAGUUUAGAUUCUUAGUUCCACUUUUGCUGGUCCACGGACAUUGGAAUUACCAGCGAAUGGGUUAUAUGAUAAUUUACAACUUCUACAGGAAUGCGAUUUUUGUUCUCGUCUUGUUUUGGUAUGUGCUCUUCACUGCUUUCACUUUGACGACAGCUAUUAACGAGUGGAACAGUGUGCUAUAUUCAGUAUUUUACACAGCAGUGCCAACUGUCAUUGUUGGUAUUCUUGACAAGGACUUGAGCCGGAAAACCCUACUCAAGUAUCCUCAGCUAUAUGGAGCUGGGCAAAGACGAGAAAAUUACAACUCAAAGUUGUUCUGGCUGACGAUGAUGGACACUCUGUGGCAAAGCGUGGUCAUUUUCUUCGGUCCUUUCUUUGCUUAUCGGAUUAGCACCAUUGAUGUAGCAAGUAUAGGGGAUCUCUGGACACUGGCAGUCGUCAUUGUGGUCAAUCUUCAUCUGGCAAUGGACAUCACCCGGUGGAAUUGGCUCAUGCAUGCAGCAAUAUGGGGAUCCAUUUUGGCAACUUUCAUCUCUAUAAUGACCAUUGAUGCCAUGCCUAAUUUACCUGGUUACUGGGCCAUUUUUGUAUAUGCAAAGACUAGAUUGUUCUGGCUUUGCCUGCUUGGUGUGGUUGUAGCCGCACUAAUUCCACGCUUUGUUGUAAAAAUACUGCAUCAAUACUGCUCACCUUGUGACAUCCAAAUUGCAAAGGAGGCGGAGAAGUUCAAACCGUUAAGUGGAGGUGUUGGAUCUGUAGAAGUAGAAAUGAGUGCCAUCUUGGGUCCUCCAAGGAGAUGAUGACGACGACAUGGUAAUGUAUCAUUCCCCUUCAGAUGAUUCUCCUGUAUCUGCGUUUUUUUGUGUUAAAACAAACUCUCUUGUCCUCUCUCUCCCCGCCUCUUUCUCCCUCCUUCCUCUGUCUCUUCCCAUACCACCAGCCAACAAUUAGCAAAGGCGACAACCAGAAGGGUUCCAUCGCCGGCGAGCAACUUCCCUUUCGUAAGACCACUACCCGUUGAUCGAUCCCGGGUGUUGGCCGCGGAGUUAACCAUUCCUCGUCGUUGCUACCGCUCUCCUCUCUACUCGCGAAAGACCAGCUGCUAGUAGUAGUGUUACUUUUUGUUUAGUGUUAUCGGUCUAGUGGUAGUGUUAUCCGUCUAGCGAUAUAAUUAUCAGCCAGUCUAGUGGUAGUGUUAUCAGUCUAGUGGUAGUGAUACUUUUUUAGUCUAGUGGUUUAUUCAACAGUGAUAAUUUUUUUCAGAGUGAUACAUUUUUUUUAAUGCACUGGUACUUUUUUUGCUAGGUGGCCGGAGGGAGCCCAUCGGAGGGAGAGAUAGGAAAAAGGGAAAGUGAGAGAUAGAGAGAAAAAAUUGUAAUUAAUGUAUAAUUGAAAUUAAAAACAAUAAUGUAAUUAAUAUGAGUUUUAAAUUCUCAAAAAUUCAAUUAAUACGAAAAAUUAUAAAUUCCUCCAGAGGAUUCACAUUGUUGGCUAUCCAAAGGAUAGGUGUUCAUACUCCAUUUUUAGGUGUUACAUACUGAAAAUUUUCUUCAUUGCUGUAUCUCCCCACUUGUCUAUUGUAAAUUAGUGUUAUUUACAGAGGAGGAAUUAACAGAGUUAUAUACCACGAAAAAUAUUUCAUUUCUACUUAUAGUGUUGUACUAUUUUCUAGUGAGGUUUGCUUUGAUAUGCUUUGAUUGAUACAACGAUCUCAGUGGCGAGCCAUGCUGGUUCGGUCUAUCGUAGCAACCACUUCAGUCUCAGGAUCUUAGUUC